AUGAUCACAAGAGGUGCAAGCUCGCUUCUGCGAGCUACGGCGCCAGCGUCAGCGUCGCGCUCGCCGCUGCUUGCUCGCUCCCUGGUCUCGUCCGUGGUCACAAGGCAGCCCAAUUCGACCGAGAAGCGUCAGAACCCUUCCAAGCCGGUGGAAUCCGACUCGACCUCUGCGCUCGACUACAAGCUCGCACACAAGCUUCGAAAGCUGCCACCGCUGCCUUCACUCGAGCCGCCGUCGCUCGACGCACCUUCUGCGGUGUCCAACAUCCUGUACAACACGCCGCCUCCGUCCAAGGCGCCCUUCAAGCGACACACGCUCAACUGUCUCGUGCAGAAUGAGCCGGGUGUGCUUUCGCGCGUUGCCGGUACGCUCGCUGCACGUGGAUUCAAUAUCGACUCGCUCGUGGUGUGCGGUACCGAGAUUCGCGAUCUUUCGCGAAUGUGCAUCGUCCUGCGUGGGCAGGAUGGUGUGAUCGAACAGGCACGAAGACAGUUGGAAGAUCUGGUGCCCGUCUGGGCGGUCUUGGAUUACACAAACACAAAGGUCAUCGAACGCGAACUGAUGCUUGUCAAGGUGUCGAUUCUGGGACCCGAGUAUUUCGAGGAGUCCCAACAGGCGUCUGCUAGCUCGCCCGCUUCGACACCGGAGGUCGUCGCUGAACGCGAAACUGACUCGGCUUCGAAAUCCAGCUCGACCUCUGCAUCGCAACCCAUGACGCCGCUCACGCCUACCGAGGCACUUCGCGUCAAGUCGGACAAUAUGCGCUCCGUCAUUGCGCUCGCCGAACAAUUCCGCGGUCGUGUCGUCGACGUCUCUGCCACCAGUGUCAUUGUCGAGUUGAGUGGAAAGAGCAGUCGUUGCGACGCCUUCCUGAAGCUCGUUCGUCCGUUUGGUAUCUUGGAAUGCGCUAGGUCCGGCACCAUGGUCCUCCCCAGGAGCCCCAUCCCCAGCAGCUACGCUGGCGCCGACGAUCUCACAGAAGACCAGGUAGAUGUUGUCGACGCCGGCGCCCUCCCCCCUGGUUAA